AUGAACUUCAAGUUAGCUUUUGUUCUAGUUCUUUUAGUAGUAAUUGAUAUUACAAGUGGAUCGCAUUACAGAGGUGGCUCCAUUUCUUGGUCCGUCGAUCCCUUGCAACCUACACAUGAUUCGGUUCUAAUCCGUAUUAGUCAGCGUCAUUCAUUUCGUCGAACCUACAGUACAAGCACGUUCUGCGAUCAACAAACAAUAACUGCCGGCGGUGUUAUCGGUGAAGGCAGUCUGGAAUGUGGUUAUAACUGUCCUGGAGCGAAUAAUGGAAUCGAUUAUGAAAAUAUAACGGACGUCACUGUAGCAACGCCGUGGAAAAAAAUAUCAAUCGUCUCGAGUGUAUCCGGUCUUGUACCGUGUACGGAUUACAGUGAGUUGUACGAUUACAGUAGUGGUGAAGGUGAAACAAUUGUGACAAUUCCAACCGAUGUUCGAUUUAAUUACACAUAUGCUUCCUGUUGUUGGAUAUCAUUGCUGACGAUUUCAGCUGGAGAAGGUUGGUCGUUGAAUCUAGUGAUUGAUACACACAGACGAAGAAAUGGAAGAUUCAAUUCAUCACCGAAAAGUGCAAUGAAUCCAGUUGUUCGAUUAGCACUAGGACGUGAACAUACGAUUAAGAUACCAAUGGCAGAUAGCGAUGGCGACAGUUUACGAUGUCGUUGGGGGAACACUCUAACUGAAUGUGGUGGUAUUUGUCAGCCACAAGGUCAGCUUCAAUCAAAUCCAUGUGAAAUUACGUAUUAUGCAGCUCAAGUCGGCUACGAGGGUAUUGCAAUAGUCAUUGAAGAUUUCGAGAGUGCCAACUCAACAGUCCCUCUAUCCUCCAUUCCUCUACAAUUCCUCAUUCAAAUUGUUCCACCAACAACUGAAAUGCCUAUAACUGGAGUCACCGGAAAUUACACUGUGUCCCCACCCUGUAAUCCUCCUGUUUACGUCGGUCGGCGCCCACACGGUGCAUGUAUCGGUGUACCAUCAAACGCCUUCGUUAUGGAAGAAAUUCAAGUUCGAACAGGCUGUAGUCACACAACAAUCACCGAUAUUCUCACUACAUCACCACAAGGAAUGACAAAGAGCAAUGUGACACAGAGUGAUCCUCUCAUACAACCUGAUAUCUAUUCAAUGUACGUCUACUGGACUCCACAAUCCUAUCAGACCGGUAUUCAUCAACUGUGCAUAACUCCAGCUGCAAGUGACGGACAAACGGGAACACAAGCUUGUCUCACAUUUCAAGUUGAUAUCCUUCCACCAGAACUGAUAGGCAAUAGUACUUAUCCACAAAAUGGCGAUACUGUUAGUUCAAACAACUUCUACAUCUUUGCCAGUCGAUACAUCUUUCGACCAACACGUGAUGCCUACAUUCGAUUUUAUCGUGCAGAUACGAAUGCAUUGGAAUUGGAGUUUAAUGUUGUCGGCUAUCCUUCGAUUUGGUAUCAAAGCAAUCGGCUGAGUUUCUAUACAAACUUUUCUCACACGUGGGAAGAGGGUCAAGAUUACUAUAUUCUAUUCGAUAGUGGUGUUAUAACUGGCAAUGAAUCGUGUGGAGUUGAAUCAUCGCCAAUCAGCAGUCCUUACUUUUGGAGAUUUCAUGUUGCCCUUAAUCAACAAACAACAGAUGGAGGAGUUACGUAUAUCAACAGAUCUUAUUCCGCAGACCUGGAUCAAGAGCAGCUCACAAGUGAAGGGCGGCCAAUACAGUACACAACUCAACAAACCCAGCAAACAUCUACUGCACGAACCACGACGACUACAAGAACAACAGCUACCAACACACCUGAAAUUAUAACAACAGCAACUCAACAACCUUUACUUUCACCAUGCCCACGAUACUGGCAAUUUGAUACUUUGGUCAAUGUAACAACAAAUGAAGCAGAACAAAAUUACACAUUUUGUUUUGAUGUUAAUCAAUUUCAGUCUGAUGUGACCAUUACAGCAAAUACAUACGUUAGUUGUUCAAACUGGAAACAAUCCGGUGCAGGUGAUCCAAUGCUCGAACUGUACUGUCGAAAGCAAUGGAGUGAACAAUUAUUGGCUGUCAAUGAUGAUGGAAAUGCCAACUUUCAAAAUUGCUUUGCAGCUGUCUUGAGCUAUCGUCUACCACGUGGAACGUAUAAAGUGGUUGUGCGACAUCCAAAGUGUAAUUAUGGAAGAUUUGAAUUGAGGUUGAGAUUAGACAGGAACAGUGAGAAUCAUAUUAGUAGUAAAUAA